CUCAGAUCUGGCACCGCAGGACACGCACAAGUCACUGGAGUCAGUCCGCCUCCUUCGCCCUUCAACAUGCAGCCAACAAGACUUACAACUCGGCAGUGACAAGUGUUUCCAAAGUGGCGAGUAUUGACCCGUUUGAGCGAGCAGAUUGUGCGCAAAGAGCGAAAUCGAGGACAAACUGUGCGUAUUUUUCUUUUCGCCUUUUUCUUGGAGCCAAAAACAAGCGGAGUUGAGCGUUUCUGCAGGAUUUUUUGUUAUUAUUAUUAUUAUUAUUAUUAUUAUUAUUAUUAUUAUUAUUAUUAUUAUUAUUAUUAUUUAAAGGGGACUAUUUUGGUCAAAGCCUUUUCACCGACAUGGAGUAUACGUCAUCCCCGAAACCGCAGCUCUCAUCCAGGGCGAACGCUUUCUCCAUAGCCGCCCUGAUGUCCAGUGGGAAGCCCAAUAAGGACAAGGAGACGGAGGAGAACACCAUCAAGCCUCUCGAACAAUUUGUGGAGAAGUCCUCCUGCAACCAGCAGUCUCUGGCUGACCUGUCCUCCCUGGACGGACACGGGGACUUCAGCGGGAGCGCGCCCGCGGUGUGCACGGAGCCGCUCAUCCCCACCAAUCCCGGCAUCCCCAGCGAGGAGAUGGCGAAGAUCUCGUGCAGCUUGGAAACCAAAGAGCUGUGGGACAAAUUUCACGAGCUCGGCACCGAGAUGAUCAUCACCAAGUCUGGAAGGAGGAUGUUUCCCACCAUCCGGGUCUCUUUCUCCGGGGUGGACCAGGACUCCAAGUACAUCGUGUUGAUGGACAUCGUCCCAGUAGACAACAAGCGGUACCGGUACGCCUACCACCGCUCCUCCUGGCUGGUGGCCGGCAAGGCCGACCCUCCUCUGCCCGCCAGGUUGUACGUCCACCCGGACUCACCGUUCACUGGAGAGCAGCUCAUGAAGCAAAUGGUUUCCUUCGAGAAAGUCAAACUGACAAACAACGAACUGGACCAGCACGGACAUAUCAUCCUCAACUCCAUGCACAAGUACCAGCCGCGGGUCCACAUCAUCAAGAAGAAGGAGCACACCGCCUCGCUGCUCAACCUCAAGUCCGAGGAGUUCCGCACCUUCGUCUUCGUCGAGACCGUCUUCACCGCCGUCACGGCCUAUCAGAACCAGCUGAUCACCAAACUGAAGAUUGACAGCAACCCGUUCGCCAAAGGGUUCCGGGACUCGUCGCGGCUGACGGACAUGGAGAGCAGGGAAAGUGUUGAGAAUCUGAUCCACAAGCACUCGUACGCCCGGUCGCCGAUCCGUACCUACGCUGGCGACGAGGAGAACCUGAGCGAGGACGGACACACCGCACACACCAGAGGUUCGGCGUUCACCGCCUCAGACAACCUCUCCCUGAGCUCCUGGGUCACCACCACUUCGGGCUUCUCGGGCUUCCAGCACCCACAGUCCCUGUCGGCCAUGGGCACCGGCGCCGCCUCCCUGCCCCACCCCAUCCAGGGCUCCCUGCCCCCCUACAGCCGACUGGGCAUGCCGCUGACGCCCACCGCUCUGGCUGGAACCAUGCAGGGCAGUGGGCCGUCCUUCCCUUCCUUCCACAUGCCCCGCUACCACCACUACUUCCAGCAGGGGCCCUAUGCCGCCAUCCAGGGACUCCGCCACACCUCCACGGUCAUGACGCCCUUUGUAUGACUCCGUCCUGGGGAGGAGACGGGCGAUCUUCGCUCUGAUCCCCAAUCCAGCGCAACCAGUUAUUUCUCCACUCCGACUCAUCACUCCUCAUCCUGUUUGUAUCUUUCCCCCUGGUCUUUGUAAAUAGUUCACCUGCUGCGAGUGAGGUGAAGAGAAGGUGGCGCACUGAUCCAGAAAAUCCACACCAAAAGAAAAAAGGACUGCGGCGCCUCCACAGGACCUGCGGACACAUCAGCAGGUCCUGUGGUUUCUAUGAACCCUUUAGUGACAUUGUACAAACACUUACAACCUCAAAACAAACUAUAAAGCCUGACGCGAGACGAUACAAGGAGCAUGUUUGGUCUUGGCCCUUGGAGAACAGAAAGUGGAUCCUCAACCUAAACUUAUUUUAACCAUUAUUUAGACACCCUCUGCGGGUGUAACAGUCCCUACAGGGUCUCCACCGGGGCUUUAAAGACGGCAGGUUGCUGUGUGAUCCACCAGUGCAACCUAAGAUGAAGAUUUUCGGAGAGACUCGUCCGAUGCUACAGUAUGUUGGACACCGAGGCGUAGUCGGAGUCUGUGAACAUUUCAGCAUAUCGGAAUCUCAGCUUUCCUCUGUUUUCUAGAAACCAGCCAUAUGUACAGUUCAGACUUCACGCUCUGUUGAAAAUAAUGUCAGAAACACGUUAAAGAGCAUUGUACAAACUUGAAAAUGCAACAUUUACUCACUGUAGAGUGCAAAAAAAAAUAAUCAUAGGACGCAUGCUGACUGCAGUAGACAAACACGCUGGACUUACUAUAUGGAAUAAUAUGGGAUGAAUAAGCUCUAACCUGCAACAGGGGUGAAGGCUGUUUGCAUACUUUAAAGGCCCGGUCACAUCAGCAUUUAUAAUGGCGAAGUUUGGGCAUCAAAAUGUUGGAAGCUAUCGUAGCUUAUAAGCUGUGUUGCUCCAUACAAUUUUUAUUUAAGCUCCUCUGCUGGAGUGUUAACUUCUCCACAAAGGAGGCAUGGAUUGCAGAUAGAUAUGAGACAGGAGUUGAUGGUACAAAUAUGCCUUUUGAAUUAUCUGUGUGUUAGCAAACUGGCCAACGAGCUACUGAACUGACUGUUCACUAGCUAGCUAGCUAGCUUGAAUAGCUGUCCAAUACAGAGAAAAUACAAAGAAACGCUGUGGGUUAUUGUGACUAACUAGCGCUAGCGUGUUGGCCGUCAGGUCACCAAGCCUCAAACACCGCCCAUUCUGCGAAAACGUGCGGAUGAAUUUCGUUGUGUUACUUCCUGGUGUGACCGGGUUAAGAGGGAAUCAAUUACAAAAUGUGUUGAGUUCAAAUCAUCAGUUUUAGAGUAUCAUAUUUUAAUGUACUGUGUGAAACCAGCCAUAAAUGGUAGCCAUCAUACAUCUGUUUCCACUGGUAGGAUUUGAAGUCAGUGGCCAAUGCAUAGUAAUCGCUUUAAUGUUCAGAAAACAUCUGAAGGGUAACAGCAGUGGGACUUCACGGCAAACAGACCGCAGCGUCUGGGUAGAAACGCCAGGUUUGUCUCCACGCCGUCUUCAGUUGCCGACUGUCGACUGCAGCCUUUUAGCAGUUGGUCUUUAGAGGUGUUGCCGAGCUGAUUCAUGGCUGCAUCAGAGCGUGCCAACAGGGCGUCCACACCUGGAAAAUAAUGGCUCUCUGCGGUCUCAUUUAAAACAUGCAGACAGGGAGAAGCUGGAAGCCGCCGGAGUCGACUCGCACUCCGUAUGGGUGCAGGUGCAUAAAAAUGGCAGCUCACUGGUGGAGUAGUUAGAGUAAUUUAUUUGAAAAAUUAAGAAGAAAUACAAGCUACACAUGUGAGAUGGUCCUAGGGACAAUUAAUACUGUUGUUUUUGAAUACAUUUUUAUUAUGUUUAAUAUAUAUUAUGUUUAUAUUCAAUCCAAGAACUCCACAGCAAUAACUCUCCAUUUUAUCAAGCAGCUGUUGUCUAUAAUUGAGUCCUAAAACCUAGAGCUAGACCUAUAUAUUAGAUGAUAUUAACUUAUUGUAGAUAUAUAAAUUAUAUAAAUAUAAAUAUAGAUAAAAUUGCUUGUUUUUUCCGAUUUAUUCAGACUGUUUCCAACACAAAUCAGCCGUAGUCUCAAUUCGAGUAACACUCAAGUUACUUGUUUCAUGAUAGAGACUCACAUUUCUGAUUUAGUUGGAUUAUAUUGGAAACACAAGGGAAAAUAUGGCUUUUAAGGACACAAUCAAACUGGUUGUGAUGGAGACUUUUUGCAGUGAGGCUGUCACGUUUUAUGCACAAAAUCCAAAGAAACACAGUUAAAUAUUUCAGCUUCUUGAGUCAUGAAGGCAACAUUUUGACACAUCGGAAGUGGAGCGUUGUGUGGAUUCAGGUGCGUGUGAUGGAUGACGACACUUCCAAUGCUGCUCUUUGCAGAAUUCGAAACAAAAUGUAUGAAAGUGAUAGAUGAGCUGGUUUCACAAACACUGUCAAUGUCCCAGCUGGGCACAUUUUACAUCAUAUGAAGUCCGUUGCAGUGAAAUAUAUGGACAAAAUCCUUCUGUUCUGAACCCUUGCAUAUCCAUAAUGUGCAAGCAGUUAUUUUUCAUCAUCGGUUUAUUGAGGAAAUCUUGUAUUUUGAACUUCCUUUUCUUUGCUUUGGAGAUCAGCUCUUGUUCCUUCACUGAUGUGAAACCUGAGCUUUGUUUGUACAAAUCAACUGAAUGUCGAUUUCCAUCAGUACGUAAAACACUUUUUUCCCCUUUUAAAACACACACAUAGUCCCAACUUACCACUCAAAAUAAUGUUGUUUUUUUUUAAACAAAAAGCUUUCUUUUGUAUGCCAUAAUAUACGACACCGAACGAGAUUGUGUUUUGAUGAUUUUUAAGUGCAAUAUAUUUAUUUUGCUCUCUGGAAAUAAUGUGUAAUGUACUAUGCCGCAUUUAAAAAAAAAAAAUAGUUAUUUGUAAACCUUGAGAAAUAUAUAUCACCACCCAAACUCUUUGAGUUCUUUUUUUUCACUGACUGCCAUUAUGUUCACUUUUCUCUCUCAAUGAAUCACAGAUUGUCAGAAAUAAAUGAAAUCAUGAAAUCAUUGGAAAAACAA